AUGGACUCCAUACAACAACCACAAUCUCAACAACUAACUACAACUUUAACCACACAAUUUGGUUCAUUUAUUAAAAAUUUAUCGAUAGAAAACAUUAAGACAGAAUUUUAUAAUGUGCAAGCCAAAUUUUCUAAUUUACGUCAACCACAGGAUUUCUUCGACGUUAAAAGAAUUUCCAAGCCGGCCAACUUUUCGGAAGUCCAACAAAGAGUUUCAUAUAAUUUAAAAUACUAUUCUACCAAUUAUGCCUUGAUAAUUGUUUCUUUGAGUAUUUAUACCUUGUUAACUAAUUGGUUGCUAUUAUUUGUCUUACUUUUCACCGGAUUUGGUAUUAUCAGUAUAAAUAAAUUAAAUGGCGAAGACUUAGUUACUUCCUUUGGUGUAUUAAAGGCAUCUCAACUAUAUACUGCUCUAUUAUGUGUUUCUGUUCCAUUAGGAUUUUUAGCUUCUCCCAUUAGCACAUUAAUGUGGUUGAUCGGUACUUCAGGUGUUGUAGUUUUAGGUCAUGCUUCGUUCAUGGAAAAACCCAUUGAAACAGUUUUUGAAGAACAAGUGUAA